AUGGGACGCCAGUCGCUCGCGAUAGCUGUCAUCCUUUGUGUCUUGAUAUGCCAGGGUCUUGGUUCAGGCGUUUUCGAGUUGAAGUUACAAGAGUUUCUCAACAAGAAAGGAGUGACAGGCAAUACAAACUGCUGCAAAGGAGCCUCUGGGAUUCAGCAGUGUGAAUGCAAAACGUUUUUUAGAAUCUGCUUGAAGCAUUAUCAAGUUAACGUAACACCGGAACCCCCUUGUACCUAUGGCGGUGCGGUGACUCCUGUCCUCGGAUCAAACUCCUUCCAAGUGCCUGAAACAACUGCAGAAGCAUUCGCCAAUCCUAUUCCAUUUUCUUUUGGAUUCACGUGGCCGGGGACAUUCUCUCUGAUCAUUGAGGCCCUACACACAGAUUCCGAUGAUGAUCUUUCAACAGAUAACCCUGAACGUCUGAUCAGUCGCUUCACCACUCAGAGGCAUCUGACAGUGGGAGAUGAGUGGUCCUCUGAUUUACAGACUGGUGGAAGAACAGAGCUGAAGUACUCCUACCGAUUUGUUUGUGAUGAGCAUUACUACGGGGAGGGCUGUUCUGUUUUCUGCCGUCCACGAGAUGAUGCCUUCGGUCACUUCACCUGUGGGGACCGUGGUGAGAUCAUCUGCAACUCAGGAUGGAAGGGAACCUACUGCACAGAACCGAUCUGUCUUCCUGGUUGUGGUGAGGAGCACGGGUUCUGUGACAAGCCUGGUGAAUGCAAGUGUAGAGUUGGCUUCAGUGGGCGUUACUGUGAUGAUUGCAUCCGCUACCCAGGAUGUCUUCACGGCACCUGCCAGCAGCCAUGGCAGUGUAACUGCCUGGAGGGAUGGGGUGGCCUCUUCUGCAACCAAGAUCUCAACUACUGCACACACCACAAGCCCUGCAUGAAUGGAGCCACUUGUACCAAUACUGGCCAGGGUAGCUACACCUGCUCCUGUAAACCCGGCUUCUCUGGGGCCAGCUGUGGGAUUGAGGUCAACAAAUGUUCCGACAACCCCUGCCGGAAUGGGGGAAGCUGCACUGAUCAAGAAAACACAUACAAAUGUACCUGCCCCCCUGGCUUCUAUGGCAAUAACUGUGAGCUCAGUGCCAUGACCUGUGCCGAUGGGCCUUGCUUUAAUGGCGGACGCUGUGCUGACAACCCAGAGGGAGGAUACUAUUGCCAGUGUCCUCUUGGUUAUGCCGGAUUCAACUGUGAGAAGAAGAUCGACCACUGCACCUCCAACCCAUGCUCCAACGGUGCUCAGUGUAUGGACCUUGUGAACUCCUACAUGUGCCAGUGCCCUGAGGGCUUCUCCGGAGCCAACUGUGAGGACAACAUUGAUGAGUGUGCCAACUACCCCUGCCAGAAUGGUGGCACAUGCUCGGAUGGCAUGAGCGAUUACACCUGCACCUGCCCACCUGGAUACACCGGCAAGAACUGCAGCUUGCCCAUCAGCAAAUGUGAGCACAAUCCCUGCCACAACGGAGCCACCUGCCAUGAGAGGAAGAACCGCUACGUGUGCGCCUGUGUGCCAGGCUACGGCGGCCAUAACUGCCAGUUCCUCCUGCCAGCGCACCCCCAGGGACAGCCCGGGUUAGAGGGAGCUGAUAAGAGAUACUCUGAUGACCAGGACCAAGGCACAUUCCCCUGGACCGCGGUGUGUGCUGGGAUUAUCCUGGCCCUGCUGCUGCUGGUGGCCUGUGCCAUGCUGGUAGUUUACAUACGGGUCAAGGUGCAGCAGAGGAGUCAGCAGGGAGACAACCACAGUGAGAGUGAGACCAUGAACAACCUGGCCAACAACUGUCAACGACCUGACAAGGACCUAUCUGUCAGCGUGAUCGGCACGACGGGGGUCAAGAACACCAAUAAGAAAGUGGACUUUCACUCGGACAAUGCUGGAGGAGAGCAGAAUGGCUACAAGUCCCGAUACUCGUCAACGGAUUAUAAUCUGGUGCAUGAGUUGAAGCCAGAAGAUGUGUCGAAAGAGGACCAAGAAAAGAGCGUGGCAAAGUGUUCCGAAUCAAAUUGUUCCGAAUCUCUGUGUUCGGACAGUGAUUUCGAAGAUAAACACAGAAAAAGUUUAAAGAGUGACGCCUCAGAAAAUAAACGUCCAGAGGAGUCGACGUGCAACGAAGCAUCGAUGUGCAAUGACACAAAGUACCAGUCAGUCUACGUCAUAUCAGACGAGAAAGAUGAAUGUAUCAUUGCGACUGAGGUGUAA